AUGCGACGGAAACUCGUAGCUUAUGUCGAGGCGAUUAUCAUACCUUGUUGUGGAAUGAUAACCGUCUCGCGGGGCUCCAUCUCCUUUCGCGGCGGUAAGGCGACACCGGGCGAGCCAGCCCGCCGCACGCCAGUCGCACCACAGCACGCGUCGACUCGACAUAUUUUCAUCAAGGGGAGUAGAACCAAAAAACCGCCACAAUGGACGCGAUCAAGAAGAAAAUGCAAGCGA